AAGUGAACCUGAGACAGAGUAGAGAAGGAAGAGGAGGAGGAGAAAGGACUCCAAGCAAGCGGACUGGCCGCCGGGCAAGCAAGCAGGCAGGCAGGCAGGCUAGCUCAGGAGGCUUGGCUGGCUCGUACUCGGUCUCCUGAAGCAGUUCAAGAAGCCGCUGGUCUGUCUUCUGCCUGACAGUUCAUCUGCUGAGCCACCUAUGAGAGAAAUUGCUGCCCUCAUCUAGCUAAGAGAGAGGAAUGAGCUGGAGUUGGCAUGUCUCACCCCUAGAGCAGCUCCCAGGAGCCCUCUCUGUGCCACGGUGGCAGUGCCAGGUCUGCCAUCUGUUUCUCUGGGGCUGAAUCUCCUUCCAGGGACACCCUAUCUUCUGUUCUAAAACCCAUCCCUUCUAGAGCAAGAAAGUGAGGGUAGCAAUGAAGUGCCCCAUACCCCAGAAAUUGGGAUUGGAAUGAAUAGAUGCCAGCAGAUGCUCUAAACCAGUCGAUAUCCAAGACCAAUCCCUCAAACACCAAAGAACCAAUUCUUCUCCUGAGGCUGGCUCAUCCAAGCCCAGUCCCAGCAGUAUCCAUCUUUUAUUGAGGUCCAGAAAGCAUCCUUCGGUGGGGGGAAAAUCCCCUGGUCACUAAGGCUUUCACUCAUUGGGCCAGAUUCUCUGAAGUGACAAUGGAAGACCACAUGUUCAGUGUUCAACAAAUUCAGCCCAACGUCAUUUCCGUAAGACUGUUUAAACGCAAAGUGGGAGGCUUGGGAUUCCUGGUGAAAGAACGGGUCAGCAAGCCUCCCGUGAUUAUCUCGGAUCUGAUCCGGGGUGGGGCAGCUGAACAGAGCGGCCUUAUCCAGGCAGGAGACAUCAUCCUUGCAGUCAAUGGCCGGCCCUUGGUGGACAUGAGCUAUGACGGUGCCCUGGAGGUUCUGAGGAGUAUUGCUUCAGAGACUCAUGUGGUUCUUAUCCUGAGAGGCCCUGAGGGCUUCACUACUCACCUGGAAACUACAUUCACUGGGGACGGGACACCCAAGACCAUCCGAGUGACCCGACCCUUAGGCCCAGCCACCAAGACGGUGGACCUGUCCCACCAGGCCGUUCCCAGCAAAGAUCAGCCCCCGGGGCUGGACAGUGUGGCCACCCUCCGAAAUGUGCCUCAACGUCCCCGAGAAAAUGGUCAAGAAGACAACCCCCUGGCACAAGCCAACGGCAUGGUACCUGACCCCACAAAGAAGAGUGCCUCAUCUGGCCUGCAUGGGGGUGGGGAAAGCAACGACCUUCUCCGAGAGAUCCAGCCAGUGCUGAACCUGCUUACCAGUGGCAAGAAGGAGAUCAAUGGAGGGCAGUCACACAAGGUGGAGACCAAGGAUGCAGAAGUCCAGGCAGACAGAGAUUUGGAAGGAAAGUCCCACAAACUUCUGCCACUUGGAAUGGAGAAUGAUCGUGUCUUCAAUGAUUUGUGGGGCAAGAAUAACAUGCCUGUUGUCUUGAACAACCCAUAUUCAGAAAAGGAACAGCCUCCAACCUCGGGAAGGCAGUCACCUACCAAGAAUGGCAGUCCUACUAAAUGUCCUCGUUUUCUCAAAGUCAAAAAUUGGGAAACAGAUGUGGUUCUCAAUGACACACUGCACCUCAAGAGCACCUUGAACACAGCUUGCACUGGACAGAUCUGCAUGGGUUCCAUCAUGUUCCCCUCCCAACACAUACGGAAGCCUGAAGAUGUCCGGACAAAAGAGCAACUCUUUCCCUUGGCCAAAGAGUUCAUUGAUCAAUACUAUUCAUCUAUAAAGAGAUUUGGCUCCAAAGCCCACACAGAUAGACUGGAAGAAGUCAACAGGGAGAUAGAAACCACCAGCACCUACCAGCUGAAAGACACAGAGCUGAUCUAUGGAGCUAAACAUGCCUGGAGAAAUGCUUCUCGCUGUGUGGGCAGGAUCCAGUGGUCCAAGCUGCAGGUGUUCGAUGCACGAGACUGUACCACAGCCCACGGGAUGUUCAACUACAUCUGUAAUCAUGUCAAAUAUGCCACAAACAAAGGGAACCUCAGGUCCGCCAUCACCAUAUUUCCCCAGCGGACAGAUGGCAAGCAUGACUUCAGAGUCUGGAACUCCCAGCUCAUCAGAUACGCAGGUUAUAAGCAGCCUGAUGGCAGCAUCCUAGGAGACCCUGCCAACGUGGAGUUCACAGAUAUAUGCAUUCAGCAAGGCUGGAAGCCUCCGAGAGGACGUUUCGAUGUCCUGCCGCUCCUGCUCCAGGCCAACGGCAAUGAUCCUGAGCUGUUCCAGAUUCCUCCGGAGCUGGUUUUGGAAGUGCCCAUCAGACAUCCCAAGUUCACAUGGUUCAAGGAGCUGGGACUGAAGUGGUAUGGUCUGCCAGCUGUAUCCAGCAUGCUCCUGGAGAUCGGAGGCCUCGAGUUCAGUGCUUGCCCAUUCAGCGGCUGGUACAUGGGCACUGAGAUCGGCGUCCGUGAUUACUGUGACAACUCGCGAUAUAAUAUUCUUGAGGAAGUGGCCAAAAAGAUGAAUCUGGACAUGAGGAAAACUUCCUCCCUGUGGAAAGAUCAAGCCCUAGUGGAGAUCAACAUUGCGGUACUCUACAGUUUCCAGAGUGACAAAGUGACAAUUGUUGACCACCAUUCAGCCACCGAGUCCUUCAUCAAGCACAUGGAGAAUGAGUACCGCUGCCGAGGAGGAUGUCCGGCUGACUGGGUUUGGAUUGUCCCACCCAUGUCUGGCAGCAUCACACCUGUCUUCCACCAGGAAAUGCUCAACUAUCGACUCACGCCUUCCUUUGAGUACCAGCCAGAUCCAUGGAACACCCAUGUCUGGAAAGGUACUAAUGGAACCCCCACAAAAAGAAGAGCCAUUGGCUUCAAGAAGUUGGCAGAAGCUGUCAAGUUCUCAGCUAAGCUGAUGGGUCAGGCCAUGGCAAAAAGAGUCAAAGCCACCAUUCUCUAUGCCACCGAGACAGGCAAAUCCCAGGCCUAUGCAAAAACCUUGUGUGAAAUCUUCAAACAUGCCUUCGAUGCCAAGGUCAUGUCCAUGGAAGAAUAUGAUAUUGUACACCUAGAACACGAGACUCUGGUCUUGGUGGUUACUAGCACCUUUGGCAAUGGAGAUCCUCCAGAGAAUGGAGAGAAAUUUGGCUGUGCUUUGAUGGAAAUGAGGCACCCCAACUCUGUGCAGGAGGAAAGGAAGAGCUACAAGGUCCGGUUCAAUAGUGUCUCCUCGUACUCCGAUGCCCGGAAAUCUUCAAGUGAUGGACCCGACCUGAGAGACAAUUUUGAAAGUGCUGGGCCCCUGGCCAAUGUGAGAUUCUCAGUUUUUGGCCUUGGAUCGAGGGCGUACCCCCACUUCUGUGCCUUUGGCCACGCAGUGGACACCCUCCUUGAAGAACUUGGCGGGGAACGCAUCCUGAAGAUGAGGGAAGGGGAUGAGCUCUGUGGUCAGGAAGAAGCCUUCAGAACAUGGGCCAAAAAGGUCUUCAAGGCAGCCUGUGAUGUGUUCUGUGUGGGGGAUGACGUCAACAUAGAGAAAGCCAACAACUCCCUCAUCAGCAAUGACCGAAGUUGGAAGAGGAACAAGUUCCGGCUGACCUAUGUGGCUGAAGCUCCAGAGCUCACCCAAGGUCUGUACAGCAUUCACAAAAAACGAGUAUCUGCUGCCCGGCUCCUCAGCCGCCAGAAUCUUCAAAGCCCUAAUUCCAGUCGUUCAACCAUCUUUGUGCGUCUCCACACCAAUGGGAACCAAGAGCUGCAGUAUCAGCCUGGGGACCAUCUAGGUGUAUUCCCUGGAAACCAUGAGGACAUGGUGAAUGCCCUGAUCGAUCGACUCGAGGAUGCCCCUCCUGCCAACCAGCUGGUGAAAGUGGAGCUUCUGGAGGAGAGGAAUACAGCUUUGGGUGUCAUCAGUAACUGGACAGAUGAGCACCGGAUUCCACCCUGCACCAUCUUCCAGGCCUUUAAGUACUACCUGGACAUCACCACGCCCCCAACACCCCUGCAGCUACAGCAGUUUGCUUCAUUGGCCACCAAUGACAAGGAGAAACAACGACUGCUGGUCCUCAGCAAGGGAUUACAGGAGUAUGAGGAGUGGAAAUGGGGCAAGAACCCCACGAUUGUGGAGGCCUUGGAGGAAUUCCCAUCGGUGCAGAUGCCAUCCACUCUCCUGCUGACCCAGCUGUCCCUGUUGCAGCCCCGCUACUAUUCCAUCAGCUCCUCCCCGGACAUGUACCCCGAUGAGGUGCACCUGACUGUGGCGGUUGUGUCCUACCGCACUGGAGAUGGGGAAGGACCAAUCCACCAUGGGGUCUGCUCUUCCUGGCUCAACCGAAUACAACCAGAGGAAGUAGUUCCUUGUUUUGUCCGAGGAGCUCCCAGCUUCCACUUGCCCCGAGAUCCCCAGGUACCCUGUAUCCUAGUUGGCCCAGGCACAGGAAUAGCACCUUUCCGAAGCUUCUGGCAGCAAAGGCUAUUUGAUAUUCAGCACAAAGGCAUGUCUCCAUGUCCCAUGGUCCUCGUCUUUGGGUGUCGGCAGUCUAAGAUCGACCACAUCUACAAGGAGGAAACCCUACAGGCCAAGAACAAAGGUGUCUUCAGAGAGCUGUACACGGCCUAUUCCCGUGAGCCAGACAAACCAAAGAAAUAUGUACAGGAUGCCUUACAGGAACAGCUGGCAGAGACUGUGUACAGAGCCCUGAAGGAGAAAGGGGGUCACAUCUAUGUUUGUGGAGAUGUCACGAUGGCCGCCGAUGUUCUGAAAGCCAUCCAACGCAUCAUGAUCCAGCAGGGGAGGCUCUCAGCAGAGGAGGCUGGGGUGUUCAUUAGCAAACUGAGGGAUGACAACCGCUACCAUGAAGAUAUAUUUGGGGUCACCCUGCGCACAUAUGAAGUGACCAACCGCCUUAGAUCUGAGUCCAUUGCCUUUAUUGAAGAGAGCAAGAAGGACACUGAUGAGAAAUGCCUGAAAGCAUGACAAAAUGAGAAGAUAUCACGUCCCUGCUGGCUAAAAGGUGUUCAGCUCCUAACCAGGUCCCUUCUGCCCCAUUCGGAUGGAUGCCAGGCUGGGCUGCCGCCCCCAGGCCUUCUCCCGGCGGAAGGUGCCAGGUUUUGGAAAGAUGGACACUGGUGCCUCUUUCCCAUGGGACUCCCGUGAAAUGCGCGCUCCCUCUCGUCCUGUCGUUGCGUCGUGGUUUUUUUGUCUGUUUUUCUUCUUUUCGGACCUCGAGUCCUGUGGGCCUUCCCUUGGCCCCCGUUUGUUUCCUCUUGGAACCUUUCUGCUGCAAUGCAAUGGCUUCUCCUCUGCAGUGGCUCUUAUGAAAUGACGUUUCUUCUCCCCCUCUUUCCCUCUUUCUCUCUUUCUCUCUCUCUAUUCCAAGGGCAUACCACAGCUGCAUGAAAUCACCAGAUCACUCCUGUUUGGCAUUUUCAUGUUGGUUUUCUGGGGUUUCUUUGGAAAUGCAGUAGGGACUGGAGAGCAAAGACUUCCUGUGGGUCUCUUCCUGUGGACAGUCCCCAGCGCCUGAAGUCACACGCCAUCCUUUUUUAAAGUUAUCGUCAUUUUUCAGUGUGCGUGUGCACGCACAUGUGUGUGUAUGUGUACGUGUGAGGGGCAUGGGUCCUCAUCUGUUCUCCCCUUGCUUGUACAAGCCUGUUGCCUGCAGACCUUUGGUGCAGAGAAACUGUUUUCCCUUGGCACAUGUUGACUCUGUGUCCCCACUCCAACAAGGCUGGCACCGUUUUGUAUGAACCACUUGGGAGCCCCUGGAUUGGAGAGUAUUGGCACUCAAGGCGUCAGGGUGACUGUGAUGAUUGGGGAUGAUUUGUCCCCCAUGUGGGACUAAAAUCAAUCAGUAUAUAAGUCACUGAGGAACAAAUCCAUCUCAUGAAUUCCAUACACCAUGCUCUCGCUCCCUCGGCUCUGGCCCCUGAGACAUCAUUCAGUUUUAUGUCCCUCAAACCCUUUCCCAGGCCCAUCUGCCACACUGCUCCUGGCCCUGGGUCUGCCACUAUUUGGUACUGAGCAAAUAACUUCAUUGCCUGGGACCUCAAUUUCUUUCUCUGUGAAAUGAAUGGGAAUUUGUAGGGAAAUUUCUCCUUCCCCUACCCCCCAAACCCCACUCAAAAAAGGUUGUCCAAAAGUAGACUAGGUAUCCUCAGCACUAGAGUCCUUUGAGAAGAGUUUGGAUAAUCAACAGGUGCUUACUAUGUGCCAGGAAUUAUGCUUGAUCAUGGAGAUAAAAAGAAAGGCAAAACCAAUUCCUGCCCUGAUGUGGUACAAAUAAGACAUAUACAAAGUAAAUGGAAAGCCCUUCAUCAGAGCUAUUGUAGAAUCAAAUUAACAAGCAUCUAUUAAGCUCCUUCUAUGUAUCAGGCACUGUGCUAAGUGCUAGGGAUACAGUGAAAGGCAAAAAACAAACAAACAAAUCCAUAAUCCCUGCUUCCCAAGGAACUCACUGUCUAAUGGGAAUGAUUCCAAAGGAAUGGCCUGGCCAAGGCAACUGCUAAGCCUUUUACAACUCAAGAGUGUAUAACAAGGGAGAAACGAAAGGUCUCUGAGCUGCCUUGAAACUAAAAGUCUAUGAUCCUCUUGGAGUUGGCCAAAAACAGUAGGCUAGAAAUCACAAGCACUACAUUGACUUUGCUGUAUGAUGUUGGAGACUUUACCGCCAUAUGCCUCAGAUUUUCUCCCCUAUUUCUUUUUCUUGAGAGAGAAAGAAUACUUUGUUUCCCAAGCAUGGGAGAGAAUAUAAAGAUUGUUUCCUGAGCAAUGCAUUAUGUAAACACACAUCACUAUUGAUUGUCUUCUGGCUCCAGUAGUGGACUUGCCCUCUCCCCCUGAGAUAUGAAACCUGAAAGGACAGUGAUAAGAAUAAAGAGAGAGGUGUUCUUGUAUACAUCACUCUUUGACAAUAGGAAACAAUAGGGGACUGGGAUAAUCCAAAAAGUGCAGGAGAUGCUAGGUUACAUUAAGAGGGGAGCCUUGUGGAGAAUAAGGAAGGUUUUGCUCCUGUUGUCUGACCUCUGCAUCCUUGGUCAGACCACAUUUAGAGGACUAACCUGGAGCACUUCCAGAGGAAGAUGACUAUAACAGUGAAGAUAUGAUCACCAGAUCAUACUAGUAUGCAUAAGAGAGGAACAGAAGAGGAUUCCAUUUGGAACAAUAAAUGGAAGCAGCAAAGAGGCAGAUUUUUAAGAUAGGAACAAUGAGCUGUAUCCAAAGGUCAAGGCCUUGGAGAGAGUGGGAGCUCUCUUGCUGAUGGUUUUCAAGCAAAGGCCAGAGGACUGCUUGGUAUGAUUAUUGUUAAAGGAAUUCUGGGACAGGUUGGACCAAAUAACCACUGAGGUACUUCUGGUUUUGAGAGGCUAUGAUCUUGUAUAGAGGAAGAGAUCCAAGGCUAGAUGUGUUCCCUUCAACAGAGGAAGCAUGUAUUCUUCACCUUUCUUGUUAAGACUUCUAAUAGUCUGUUGAAAUCUAUGGACACCUUUUCAGAAUCAUAUUCCUAAAUGUAUAAAAUAAUAGACAUAAGAUUAUGUACAGGAAAGUGAGUGUAUUGAAAUACCAUUAUAAAAAGCAAAAUUUAAACCAAGUUCAAGGACUGAAAGUUAAGAACCCAUGUCUUAAAAGAUGAAUAAUUUUAUUCGAUGCUUUUGACAGAAUUACUUUCUCUUGAUCCAGGUUUUAAAAGUCCCGUCUCAGAACUUUUGCUUUCCUGCCUAGUGGAAAGCAAAUGCCCUCCCAUUCGUGGCAAUUCUGACUUGGCCAGGUCCCUGGACAUAAUUGCCCUCCCCAAGGAAGAACUAGUAAAGUUUUUGCCUAUUUGGAGGUGUUAAACAGUGUUAAGUGGCAUCUGGAAAAAGUCAAUGGUCUCCCAAGUGAUGAAGCCUCCCAUGGCCUGCUCUAACCCUAUAGGAUAAGAAAGAGGCUUCAGUUCCCUAUCCAUCCCCUAGCCAUUGGUUUUCUUCAUUAUUUUGGACAAGCAAUAUUUCUUAUAGAGAAUUUCCUCUGACUAAGCGUGGAGACUGGACAGAGAGAAAACAUUUGGGCAUCUUGGCCAGAGUUAACAUAGCUGUGAGACCAGAUAAUCUCCCAGAAACAACUUCAAGGACUGCAAAGGGACCUUCCAACGUGCAAGCCCCUCAGGAUGGAUGGCUGUCCUUUUUAUUCCCUAAGACCUCUUGGGAAGCAGGGCAGAUGGCCCCACAUAUGGUUCUUGCUACUGUUCUGAUCCCCGGCGAUCAGCAAAGUCUUCCUCAUGUCCCGUCACAAUCUCAAAGCAGUAGAGAGAGAUCUGGAUUUAAAAUUAAGAAGUCCUGCAUUCUAAUGCUGCCUUGACAUACCCUAACAGUGUUGCCCUUGGUAAGUCCCUCUAUCCCUUUAAGAUGCCAUUUCUUCAUUAUAAAAUGUGGACAACAAUAAACAUGUUACACAGGAUUAUCCUAAAGAUCUAAUGAGAAAAUAUCUCCAAAUUCCUUUAUAACUAUAACAAGCUAUGUGAUUAUUAGCAGUGAUUAUUAGCUCUCUUUUUCUUUAAGCCAGUUUUCUCCUAUUCAAUCAAAAGAAUGACUUAGCAUCCUUCUUAUAAAAACCCCUUCAAUGAGUUGGAGAUGGUCAUUAAGUCAGCCCUUCAUCUUCUCCAAUUAAAAGAGUUCUGGUUCCUCUCACGGCCUUUUUUUUUAGUCCUUCUGCUCCUUUUGAGUCACAUCUCCUAAGACAUCACUAGCUUCCCAGGGGGUUAAGCUGUUGUCUCUGCUCUUCCUCUUGCCUUCCCCUCUUAUAGACUGUCCUCUCUGAUUUCCACUCCCCAACUAAGCUUCAGGUUUUCACUAAUGCCCCCAUCUUUGAUAAAUAUCAGCAGUAAAGAGAGUUGUGGAUGCAGCCAUUCAUUCCAAACUGAGACCCCAAGUCAAAUGAAGAACUCUCAGUGUGUCUCUAAAAAUGGGUGUCCUCCUAAAUUCUAUUCCUGGCCCCCAGAACAAGCUACCAGGUGAGAGAUUAAUUAAAUAGGAUCCUCUAUUUACAAAUAUUCCUUAACUGUGGAAAAAAAUCUUUUAAAAAAUGUUUUCUUCAAACCAGAAUCCUUUAUGUGUCAUGGAGUUAUGACUCUAAUACUUUGGAUCUUACUAUGAAUUUAUAAGUGGUGAUCAAGUCCAUCCCUCACAGAGGCAAAGCAGCUGGCCCAAAAUAGAACCACUGAAGUGCUGCCCCUUAGGUUAUAGGAUCAUAAUUCUAAAGCUAGCAGUAAUGUUGAAGGCCAGGUUCAUUUUACAGAGAAGGAAACUGAAGCAGGAGGCUCUUAAGUAACCUACCCAAAUUUAUACAGGUAGUAUAUGAAACCACAUAAUUUGACUGCAAUGCUCUUUCCAUUGUUCCAUGAUUCCCUGGGUGGAUUCCCAUGGAGAAGAAAGAGAUCUAGAUCCAUUUACUUUUUUCAUCCCAUGGGAGACCAUUUGUCAAUUCUGGCACAAGCAUGGAUGGGGUAAGAUCUGCAUUGUUAGAGGGUGUGUAAAGAGAUUUAAGUGCUGUGGAGUAUCACUGUGAGUAAAUGCUGCCCCCUCAUGGCAUUCUAAGGAAACUCCUUGAGGUUGUCCAAAACUUUUAACAAUUGUGUGUAAUCCCAUUCAAAAAUUAGAGAAAUUCACUUUGUAUUUUUAAAAGCUGGUUCCCUGGCAUCUGAAAGUGGCACUCCUUCCUCUCUAACUUGUUAAUAAGCUAAUUAUUAACCCUGAUUAGUAAAUCCUAAAUAUCCUAUUAACGUGGAGAAUGAGGUAGGAUCAGAUCCUUCUUCCUCCAUCCCCAACUCCCAUCCCAAAGAAUAAAAACAGCACCUAAUGAGUAAUUUCAGUUUAUCUCUGAGAUAAUAUAAUGGCUCCUCAAAAAAGGUUAGUGAUAAUGGAUGCAAAUGAGGUCUCAGCAAGUUAAUAGCCUCACAAAUAACAGGGAAGAAAAAAGAAAUGGAGAAAUGUUUCUCGAAAGGUGGUAGAAUUUUAGCCAACCUUAUUAGCUUCAAAACCACAUCAACUUGAUGUUUACAUGCUCGAUGUUUCUCUCUCUCUUCCUCCUCCCUAGCUCCUUUCCUCCUUUAACCACACUCCUAGAUUAUAUAUCUUUUUAUACCCCCUCUUAAAAUCUUCAAUAAAGGAUUUGGGCCAAGAGAAAUUGCCGGGUAGGAUGACAGAGGCUAGAUUUUUUAAUCCAAAUUAUAAUGCAAAACCUUCCUGAGAACAAGUAACAUUCACCCUGACCUCCUGGGACAUUGGGAGCUUUCCCAACCAUCCUUUGCCCACCUAGCCACAGUCCCUUCACUUGGAAUGCAAAUCCAUUCAUUGAGAGAUCCGAUGAAAAGCUAAGUUUGGGGCCUCCAUCACAGGGGAUGUCUUAAUCUUGGGGAAACAGCCAUUCUGAUCUUUGCCCAAAUGCCAAAACUAGGGACAAGGGAAGAUGGAGAAAAGAGAGAGUUUAUGUUUCAAUUUAACCUCAGAUGUACUUUAAAUUAUCUCCAUUUACAGCUCCCUAAACUAACACAGCACAGAACUUCUCAGCCUUUGUAGCCAGAGCCUAAUUAAACCUUCUACCCCUCACAACCAGCUUUCUUUAAGACGCAAAACAAAGUGAGAGCCUUAAACUCAGUUCUGUAGUUUAGAUUAAGUAAUUCCAUGGGGCCUUCUUAUUGAGCUCCUCAUGGAUGCUUUCUGAAAGUUUAUAAUGGCCCAAGCAUUCCCUAAGCAAAAGCCAAGUACGAAAGGCGUAUCUCCCUAAUUCUGGGAGUUUCCAAAGAAAGAAAGACUUCUUGAAAGCAAGGUGGAGCUGAAGAUUUCUGAGCCUGAGAUUCCAGGCCGAUUUCCUUGGGUUCCUAUCCUAUUGUACCGCUCCCAUGCCAUCUCACGUGCUCCGACACAAUCAUGUUCUUUUUGUUGUGCUCACCCAAACCACGUUUCAAGCUGAGGAUGGACUCGGUGACUCAGGGGCAACUGUCUGGUCGGCUUCAGCCUUGAAGUCCAGUUGUAUGUUUCCUUCCAGAGGGAUGGGGGAACUAGGAGGGACAGAAUUGGAGCAGGAGUGGAUGCUGCAUUUAACCAUGGAUUUUCCCCCCUACCUCUGAGCUCUUGAUGCUGCUAAGUCUGUGCCGUGCAUACAACGUGCUCCAGCACCUCUCUCCAGGACUGAUUCCUGCUCAGUCUGCGAGGCUCUCCAGGCUGUGUUCUCCGCAUGCACCUGUUCUUCUGGAUAGUUCCAAUCUUCUGGUUUUAUGGAAUAAAAAAAACUACUUAUGCCUGUUUGCAUUAUGGUUAAAAAUUAAAAAGUGGACCCAACAUUA